GUGGGUGUGCGAAUUAGGAGUGGGGCCUUGAUAUCUGAUGCCAGUUAAGUUACUGCAGGGGGAGUGGAUUAGAUUUCAACAGGACAGCAUUCUGAGAAAGACAGAGAGUGAGACAGAGAGAGAUAGAGAGAGAGGAAGGGUGAGAGGCUGGGAGCACUGCACCACAGAGAAAGAGAGUUUGCUUUAUUACACCCAGCAAAGAAAAUGCACUAAUCUUUUUUGAAAUCUCUUGGCAGCCAACAGAACAAAAUUGUAAUAUUUGCAAAAAUGAGAAGUAAAAUGCAAGAGUGAAAGGCAACAAGAAGAACAUAAAAUGAAGUGAGGAAAUUAAAUAGAAAGGUGUGAGAAGACUGUAAUCAUAUAUAAACAGAUAGUCACAAUCAUGGAUGAGAUGAACCACAAUAUAACCUGUCUGAAGGACAAAGAAACCACUAGAGAUGGGGACCAGGAACACCAAAGUGACAGCACCCAAGACUUGACAUUAACUGUCCCCAAGAAAAGGAAGAGCAGAAAGUCCAGCUCCCUGUGGAGGUCCAGUGGAGUGCUGAGUGAGCGAGUGGUCAUUAAUGUGUCGGGACUACGGUUUGAAACACAGUUGCGCACACUGAGCCAGUUCCCAGACACUCUCCUUGGAGACCCCCAGAAGCGGGGGCGCUACUAUGACCCAUUGCAUAAUGAAUAUUUCCUUGAUCGCAAUCGGCCAUGCUUUGAUUCUAUCCUCUACUUCUACCAGUCAGGUGGACGCCUCAAAAGACCAGCAAACAUCCCCCUGGAUGUUUUCAUUGAUGAGCUUAAGUUCUAUCAAUUAGAGGGUGAGGCACUGGCACGUUUCCUGGAGGAUGAAGGCUUUCCUAAGGAUGAAGAGCGCCCUAUGCCUGAGAAUGAGUUCCAGAAGCAGGUGUGGCUGCUUUUUGAGUACCCAGAAUCAUCUGCUGCAGCCAGAAUUAUUGCAAUUAUUUCUGUCAUGGUCAUCCUUGUUUCCAUUGUCAUCUUCUGCUUGGAAACAUUACCUGACUUCAAGGACGAGAGAGAAAUUUUGCCUCAUCAUCAUCCUCACCCUCGCAACAUCACACUACCAGAUCCCCCUUUCCUCUACACACAUCCUUUUCAAGAUCCAUUUUUUGUGGUGGAGACCAUGUGCAUUUGCUGGUUCUCAUUUGAACUACUAGUGCGUUUUGUGGCUUGCCCCAGCAAGACCAGUUUUUUUCGGGAUAUCAUGAACAUCAUUGAUUUUGUUGCCAUUAUCCCAUAUUUUGUAACCUUGGGCACUGAACUGGCACGUGCCAAAGGUGGUACCCCUGCCAUGUCACUGGCUAUUCUAAGGGUUAUUCGUCUGGUGCGGGUGUUUCGAAUAUUUAAGCUUUCCCGACAUUCCAAGGGUUUGCAAAUCUUGGGCCAGACCCUUAAGGCUAGCAUGAGGGAGCUUGGCUUGCUAAUCUUCUUCCUUUUCAUUGGUGUCAUUCUCUUCUCCAGUUCAGUCUACUUUGCAGAGGUUGACAAUGAAGAGACUGCCUUUACCAGUAUCCCUGAAUCUUUUUGGUGGGCUGUAGUCACCAUGACAACCGUGGGUUAUGGGGACAUGUCACCUGUGACCGUUGGAGGGAAGCUGGUAGGCUCGCUGUGUGCGAUUGCUGGAGUGUUAACCAUCUCACUGCCUGUACCUGUCAUUGUAUCGAAUUUCAGUUAUUUCUACCAUCGUGAGACAGAGUGUGAGGACACAACAGAAUACAAGCAUAUCAGCACCUCACUUUGGAGUGAUGAGGAGGAGGAGGACGAGGAUGAUAAGGAAGAAUUGUCAGAAAAGGAGACCCAGGAAGUCAAGAAGGAACAGGCGUGGUGUAAAGAAAAAACAAAAGGUUUAUACAGUCCACUGCAGACUGAACUGCUACAUGGACUCUGCACACGUAAUCUGCGGAACAGCAGUAAUGUCUAUCACACUCAGCAAUUGGUUACACAGGUUUGAGGAUCUCCUGGAAUAUCCUUGAUAAUUUGGAAAAAACCUGCUCAUUAAAAUUCUUACAUGUCACAGAACUGUCAUUAAUGUGAACAUAAAAAAUUCUGUUCACCUCCUAAUUCACCUCCUAAUCUGUCCCACUGGACUGUUGUGAGGGAAGCACAGACAAUUAAAGCCAUGAUAAGAAUUGUGUAGGGAAAUUAGAGAAAUAUUUGAGUCACAUAUAUUUAACGAAUAUGCUAUUCUAACCACAGUAUAGAGCUGAAAAGGGAAAUCCUGAAAUAAUAGUUCUAUUUUUUAAAAAUUUAAUGGGAAAUCCUGAAAUAAUAGUUCUGUUUUUAAUAAUUUAAUAAGCCUGCAUUUACCUGAAGAAAUAUAUAACAGCUGUAAACAUGGAUAGCUUGAAAAGACCAGACAGUAGUAUAGACUCAAAAAAUCUUCAAUGAAGACACUCUACAGAGUCCAAAAAUACUUCUGGGGAUCUUAAAAUUGUCAGACAGAUUGCAGAUAGACCCAAAUGUUUGGAAUUUUAUAAAAUCAAGAGUGAUUGCAGAAAGACCAGAAUGAUUAGAUAGACACAAAAUGCAGAUGGCAUCAAAUAUAAAAAAUGACCACUCAACAAGACUAGCAGACUUAUACUGAAAAAAUAAGAAUAGUUGGAACAGGAUCAUGUGAAUAUAAACUCUGAAAUUAAUAAACGAAUCAUCUUUCAUAGUUUAUCCCUUGGAAAGUCAAUGAAAUAACCAUAACACAGAUCAAAGAGAAGCUGGAGAGUUUGAAAUGACUAGAAUCUCAAAUGGCAUUCUACUACCUUGGGAUAAUCAAAUAAUCAGUUCUGUACUAUAUAACAUAAUAGUAUAAAACUGGAACAAGAGUAUUUGAAAUGGAUAGACUAACAUGGGGAAGGAUAGAAUUCUGGAUAGAAUCUUUGUCCUCAUAACUACUAUAGGAAUGAAAGAUGACAGUUUGCUACUCAUCACAAAAAUGACACGGGAAGAGAUAAGAAAAGUUGCAUAAUGAAAAGAAUUAGCAUGUUAUGCUGAGUAUGGGAUAAACAGGCGAUUGAGAAACUGUGUUUACUAUUAUACUAUUAUUUCAGGCUUACAUUAAUCUUUACAUACUAAAGGCUAAGUAAAGAAAAAUGAAAUGGUGGGUUAUUAAAUUGUCUAUGUUA